AUGAGGACCACAGGAACGCCAGUCAGGUGGAAGAUGGACGAGGCGGAGAAGUACCAGCAGAGACUUCAGGCCAUCGCGGAGAAGCGUCGCCUGCAGGAGGAGGAGGACCGAGCCAAGCGGGAAAUGGAGGACCAGAAGCUCAGAGAUCAGCAGCGCAAGAGGAAGUCCCUCAGGGACCAGUGGCUGAAUGAGGGGCCCCCCUCCAGCCCGGAGAGCCCCGGGCCCAACUCUCCCUUCUUCAGCUCUCCAACGGAAGAGGUGGAGGCACAAAUACAAGACAAGCUGCAGGAGAGCCAGCUGACGGUGGAAGAGAAAGCAGAUCUGCAGGAGCAGCAGGAUAACGACAAGGCAGAGGAAGUGAAGGAAGAUGGAGGAUCACCUGAGGAAGCCCCACCAGCAAGUCUGGAAAACGGACAACAGGAACCGCCUGUUGUGGGUGAUGCCAUGUCUGCGUCUCCAGAAGAUGAGGCGGACUCCGGGCCGGCGAAGAUGGAUAACGGCCUGGAGAGCUUGCAGGCCGCAGGGGCCCAGCCGGCCCUGAACACGGAGGCCGGACCGGCCCCAGAGGAGGCGGAGGUCAUCCCUAACGGCAUUCCGGAGAGCAAGGAGGAGCCCGCCGCUGAUCCUGCCCCAGAGCCUCCGCGGCAGGACGAGGAGGCCAAUGCCGAGGUCCCCCAGAGCGCCCCCGACACCCCUGCGCAGGAGGAAGAGGGAGGUGCAGAGAACCCUGCACCGCUCCAGCCUGGGAAGGAUGUGGAAGACGAGGAUGCGGGGGAGAUCAUCCGGGCGGAGCGAGUGAUCGUCACGGACGACGGAGACGAGCCGGCUGACACGGAGAAUGUAGCGCCCCCCGACAAUGCCAAAGAACCCGCCCCUGCUCCCGAGAACGCCGCCUCUCUACCGGAAAGCUCCGCCCCUGAACCUGAGAGCUCCGCCCCUCCAGCUGAAAGCUCCGCCCCUGAGCCUGAGAUCUCCGCCUCUCCAGCUGAAAGAUCCGCCCCUGAGCCCGAGAUCUCCGCCUCUCCAGCUGAAAGAUCCGCCCCUGAACCCGAGAGCUCCGCCCCUCCAGCUGAAAGCUCCGCCCCUGAACCCGAGAGCUCCGCCCCUGAACCCGAGAGCUCCGCCUCUCCAGCUGAAAGCUCCGCCCCUGAACCCGAGAGCUCCGCCUCUCCAGCUGAAACCUCCGCCCCUGAACCCGAGAGCUCCGCCUCUCCAGCUGAAAACACCGCCCCUGCACCAGAGAGCUCCGCCUCAGUAGAGCUCCCUGUGCCCGAGGAGCCCAAGCCUGACCCUGCGGAGGCCCCAAAAGAUGAGGAGGCGGCAGAAGCGGGAGCAGAAGCCCAAGCAGGAGCGGAAGGGAAUGUGGAGGCCCCAGCGUCCGAGGCCCAGGCUGACUCAGCGGAGCCAGACGUCCUGGCCUCUGAUGUCCCUGUGUACCCAGCAGGGCUGCCCUCGGCAGCCCCCCAGCCUGAAGCAGUGGGCGAGGGUGUGAAGCCGGAGGAGAAGGCAGAAGCCCCAGCUCCGGCGGUCGUGGCCGGACAGUUCCAGGACAUCCCUCUGGAUGGGAGUGCGAAGCCAGAGGCGGUGCAGCCCGUGGCGGGAACGACAGAGACCCCCGCCGUGCCCGCAGAGCAGCAGACCCUGCUGGACCCCUCCAAAACCGCCCCCGCUCGAGCCGAGGCAGGGGACACCCCCAAACGCAAGACCUGCCAGUGCUGCUCUGUCAUGUGAUACCUCACACCAGUACAGGCUGUGGGUCUCUCUCCCGACUGUAUGUCUUUACUUCAGACCAGUCUUCUCCCUGUCUUUACCGUUAUAGGCUGCCUCUUCUCCCUCUGCCUGGCUCUUUCUCUCUCUCUCUCUCUACUCUUCUCCUUAUGUCUCUCUCACACACUCUCUCUGUUCCCUUCAGCUCAUUGUCGUACUUCUGACCGUUCCCACCCCCCAUGCCCCGUGCUUGAGGAUCCACGGGUGGUGUUCACACGGUGACCGUCUCCGACCGACCGAACGUAACCACUGACUCGCCCAUGAGAACCUUCCCUCCACGUAGCUCUUCACAGUACAGGGGACUUUGAGCUGUGAGCCCUACACUCUGACAUGCAAGGAAAUUUCCAAAUGAAUAAGUGGAACUACAAGCACACACUGUGAGAUGCUGACACCAGAGAGGGCAGAUUUCUGGAUCGGACCGCGACAAAACAUCAAAUGGCACCGAUAUUAUGCCCAGUUUGAAGUUGUGGCCAGUGACAUGGCCAUUGAACUCAGCUUUAAAUAAGAUCUGCCCUUUUUCUUAGCAGAUAAGGGAUUCUCUACAGUUUAUGUACUGUACUAUGCCUUGUUACUGUAUAUAGUCAUUUACUUUGCAAAGUUCCAGCUACUGAUCCACCUACUGGACAUACGGUGACACAGCGCUGCAAUCAUACUUCUAAAUGCUGUUUUUACUGUUUUUAUGCUCCCGGAAGGGUUUUUUAACACUGUAGAGCCCAUAUACACAAUCACCAGCAUGGAGGUUUUGAGUUGGGUUGAUGUCAAGACAUUCAUAGUAAGUUUUAAAAAAUUCCAAUGGCUCCAGUACUUUUAUUGCUUCUAAGCAUUGCAUUUUACCGUUUAUUCAUCAGUCUUUUAUGGGAAGUUGUUUUAUAACGUUUGUAAUGUUACAAUACAUUUCCUCAAGGAUAAAAAUAAAAAAUACUAAAGAAAUGUACAUACACAGCUAUAUUUUGUGAUACCGCUGUGUAUCUUAAUGUAUAUAACAUUAAUUAAGGCAGGUGGGGUUUAUUGUAUAGAAUGUAUGUUUUGUGGUUGAGUUAUUGUGGAGGGAUAAAGGAAUGUGUUUUAAUAAUUAAACAGAAA